CUCUCUGUCAUAUCAAACACCAAGAAAUGGGUCACCAUUGCUGUAAAUUCUAACUGUCUAUCAGUUCUCCGGCCGGUGAUCAUUGUCAUACCAAGAAAUGGGUGAUCUUUGCUUGGAAUUUUCACUGUAAAUCUGUUCUCCGUCGACCCACGUUCAGUUUUCCGGUGAUCAUUCUCGUAUCAUACACCAAGAAAAUGGGUGAUCUUAGCUCCAUUGCAUACUUUAACAAUCACCCACGUAACCAUGGUUCUUCGUUGUGUUGGGACGUCCACAAUCUUCAACUUCCCAACACGGACAUCUCUCACAGUACGGAAAUGAACACUACUCCACCAUUCUACGAUCAGUUACUGUUUGAUUCGGAUCUGUCGUCGGGGUAUUUAGAGGAUGCUUUGUUUGAAUUCAGCUCCAAACGACGCCGUUUGAUGAUGACACCUGAUGAUCAUCAUCAACCCAACAAUCAAAAUUCAAGUCCUCCCUCAUUUCCGAGCUACUGGAAUUUUGAUUCUGCUGAUCAUGACUUUGAGAAUUUUAGUGGGCUUAACGUGAGUGGGGAUCAUUCAACUUCAUCUUCGCAGAGCAAGAGCUCCAUCAACACCCAGUUCUUCUCUGAUAAAGAAAGUCUAAGUUCAUCAUCAGACCACUUCACUGGUGGAUACGACGAGAGUAAAAAAAAGGUGAUUACAAGGGUGGUGUACCCAUUUGCAUUGGUAAAGCCAGGAGGAUUUAAAGGGGAUAUCACGCUGAAUGACAUUAAUGAAAGAAUCCUAAUGCCGCCGACUAGGCCGGUCAAGCAUCCGGUGGGAGACUUUGCUUGUCGGCCUAUGGUGUCCCCCAACGGACCAGGUCUUUCCGGGAAGGCUGUGGUGGCUCUCACCAGAAUCCAAACACAUGGGAGAGGCACAAUCACCAUUAUCAGGACCAAAAACUGAAUAGAUGUUUCCAUCUUGUAUAGAGUAUAACUCGUUAAUUACCAAAAAUAUAAAUAUUGUAUUGGUACUUAUUCAUCAAAUUAGUUCCAAUUUCUUAGAUCUUUAUUUCUAUAACGUCAAGCUUAUUGCAUGUACUUUUAUACAUAAGAUGCUACUUACGAGUGCAUUUAAUUGUAUAUGUACUCGUGUACUUGUCGAAUGAGUGGAUAUACCAUCAAGUGUACCUCUGGAUUUAUAUUAUUAUAUAACU